AUGGAGAACUUCUCGCCGACAAGCCAGCAUUCGAAUCCCGCAACACCAGCGCAGGCAUCGAACAACCCCCACCAUUCGCCAACAUCUCCGACCUCCACCCACGAUUUUCCCGCCGUUAGCCGUCAUGGCGCAACCUCUAUACCCCCCGACCAGCCUGUUGCCAUGACGGCGUCCGGUGUGCCCGCCCUCAAUCCGCGAAGCUGUGUCACCUGUCGUCGAAGAAAGGUCCGAUGCGACAAGCAAAUGCCUUGCAGCAACUGUCGUCGAGCUGUCAUUCAAUGUAUUUUCCCCGCCCCCGGCCGCGCUCCUCGAAGGCCUAGACCAAAGGACCCCAACGCUCCGCCCAAGAAUUCUUCGGAGCGCGAGGUCGAACUGAUGAAGCGCCUGCGCAAGCUUGAGGGUAUUGUUGAGGAGCUGAGUGGUCAGAUUGAAGUCGAGAGCGGCACAGGGAGCAACAGUGGACGUCAAAACUCGAGCACCGGAGAUUCCCCCGAUACUCAAGGGAACGACUUUUCCUCAGAGAGGGCAGGGAGUACACAGAGUGGUAGUGCGGGAGUGGCUGCGCUGAAGGAGGCUGUUGCGCCAGUGCGAAUGGAUACAGACUCAGAGCCGAAGCGGCCGAUGGAUCAUCGGCAGUCAGGCGUCAGCAGGUCGUUUGGCCGGCUAGUGAUGCAUGACAAGGGCAGGACAAGCCGCUACGUGAGCAGCGCGUUUUGGUCCAAGCUCAAUGACGAAAUCGACGAGCUUCGGGAGAGAAUGCGAACCAUGGACGAAGAAUCCGAUGAGUCUGAAAACGAAGAGACGCCCGAUGGCUCGCCGCUACAGGACAAUGACGCAUCAGCCGAUCAUCAUGCUUUCAUACUUGGAUAUCGCUCGUCGGAUGUUGACUUGCGCAAGCUGCAUCCGCUGCCGUCGCAAAUACCAUUCAUGUGGCAGGUCUACCAAGAAAAUGUUGAGCCAUUGCUCAAGAUCCUUCAUAUACCUACGAUGGAGAAGCUCAUUCGUGAUAUGCGACGCAACAUUGAUGAGUUGACCCCUGGAAACGAGGCUCUGCUGUUCUCCAUCUACUACGCUGCCAUUACAUCCAUGGAAGACGAGGAGGUCGAGAAGAACUUUGGGUCCAAGAAAGAAGAGAUGCUUUCGCAGUAUCGCUUCGCGCUGGAACAGGCUCUCGCAAAAGCCAACUUUCUCAACACUUCAGACAUGGUGGUCCUCCAAGCUUUUGUCAUGUUUCUCACAUUGGUCAGGCGGCAAGACGAUACUCGCUUUUGUUGGACGUUGACGGGGUUGGCAAUUCGCAUCGCGCAAGGAUUGGGUAUUCACCGUGAUGGAACGCAUUUCAACCUUCCACCGUUUGAGACUGAGAUGCGGCGACGCCUCUGGUGGUCCAUCUGCACACUUGACCUGCGCUCCGCAGAAGAACUGGGCAGUGACCUUACCAUCAUCGAUCGUUCAUUCGACACAGAACUUCCGUCUAACAUCAACGACUCGGAUAUUGAGCCUGGCAUGGUUGAGCCGCCCAAGCCUCGUCAAGGUAGAACGGAUUGUGCCGUAUCAUUGGUGCGAUACGAAAUUUGCGCCUUAUCCAGACGACUUCAUACUGUUGGAUCAGCAAUGGCUGGCGUCUGCCCGCGCGAUGCCGCUUCGAGCCUCGAAGAACGCGAGCGGAUGCUAAUUGAAGUUUACGAUCGGGUCGAGGAGAAGUUCCUUCAGCACUGCUUCACCGACGACGACCCCUUGUUCUGGAUGGCCGCCAUGAUCGCUCGUGUGAUUAUGGCCAAGAUGAGUCUCGUCAUCUAUCAGCCGAUGCUGUUCCCUGGUAACGGACACGAGCUGGCGGGAGAUAUUCGCGACAGACUCUUCGUCUCCGCCAUUGAGAUUGUCGAGUAUAAUUACAUCCUCAACACUGACCCACGCUGCAAGCAAUGGAGGUGGCUAUUCCAGACAUACCGACAGUGGCAUGCUAUUGCGUACAUUCUCAUGGAGGCUGGACGACGCCCAUGGUCAGCUACCUCUGAGCGUGGCUGGGAGGCAGUCAACAAUACCCUGCGGUUUGAUAAGGAUCCAACCGAGAUAUCUAGGAUGGCAGAUCACAUGGCUGUUUGGGUGCCGCUGCGAAAGUUGAGCGCAAAGGCAACCAAGCAUCGCGAGGCAGAGAUUGAGCGUCUCAGAUCAGAUCCCGAAGCGGCGCGCCAGCUCGACGUCGACGACCGUAUGAACCCCAUUCCAGCCAGACUUGGCCCUGUGCCUGGGAUGGAGAACACACACCUCGCGAUCCGCGCCCGUUGGCGAAAGUUGGUGCGGACAGAGGGCUCCAGUCCAUUGGCAGCACCUAACAAUGCGGCCCCAACACGAACUCAACCGACGCAAAACCGGCCGAACCAGACCGCUACGGCUCCUCCGCAGGAUUUGCAGGAGAACAACUCGAAUCUCAUCGACACGGUUAUGAUGAACCGGAGCUUCAACCCAAGCGAAAUGUGGGAGUACAUAUACCCUACAGCACAGUCCAUGGCUGCGGACCCUAACAAUACUCUUUUCCCACCCAGCGCCAUCCAGCAGACGGCGUCUCAGCCCAUGAUGCCUUCUUCUAUACAAACUCCCACCCUUCCAAACAACAAUCAAGCAUCCAAUGCAGAGCAGAGGCAGAGACAGCAGGCUAUCGCCGCCACUUCUCAACCGCAGAUUGCGUCGUCCGUUAAUGAUAACCAGCCACCAUGGCUGUGGUCUGACCCUUUCACGUCCAUCAACAACCGCUUUGAUGAUGUGCCGAUGGAUGCGAUAGACGUAAAUAUGGACAAUCUGGACGAUUUCAACUGGCAAAAUUGGCAGGAGAGUAUCAAAGGUUUCGAGAUGGACCCGGAAAACAACCCGGGCAAGGGGGCUUGGUGA